AUGGAGGAAGACGAUUACGUGCUUGUAUGCCUGGACGAUUUCCAAGAUGAUUCGAUUGACUCCGACCCGAAAUAUCUCAACGAUGUCAAUGAUUCCAUCGAAAAGAAUUCAGACCAGUUGUGGCUGAUCAACAAAAAGAUACACGAUAACCCGGAGCUCGGAUAUGAGGAGCACAAGGCUCACGCGCUAUUGACGAAGUUUUUGAAAUCCAAGAAGGGCUGGGAGGUCACGACUUCUGCCUACGGGAUGGAGACGGCAUGGGUGGCGGUUUACGACAGUGGUGAAAGCGGUCCGGUGGUAUCGUUGAACGUUGAGAUGGACGCUCUGCCCAAAAUGGGCCAUGCAUGCGGGCACAACCUCAUCGCAACUGCAUCAUUGGCCGGCGGCCUGGCAACGGCUGAGCUGAUACAGCAGCACCAGCUCAAAGGAAAGGUCGUUCUCUUUGGCACACCAGCAGAAGAAGGGGGAGGCGGCAAGAUCCGCUUACUCGAAGCGGGAGCGUAUCGAGACCAUGAGGUUGAUAUAUCUCUAAUUUCCCACCCGGGCGUCCUACACGAUAGUGCACUUGUUCAUACGACGGGUUACACCCGAUUCAAAGUCGAAUACUUUGGCCGUGAGGCACACGCGGCUACCAGCCCUUGGUUAGGAAUAAAUGCGCUUGACGCGUUGGUGAUUGCAUAUAAUGGGCUUUCUGUACUUCGCCAGCAAACAAUGCCAGGUGAUAUCAUCCAAGGCUACAUUACCGACGGCGGAUCGGCGCCACAGAUCAUUCCCGCAUACGCUGCUGGGACUUUUGUCGUGCGUGCAAACUCUCCUUCGCGUCUUCACACCCCUUCCCGCCUCCGAGAGUUGCGCAGAAAAGUCGAAGCCUGUUUCCGAGCCGGAGCGGAAGCGACAGGGGCCGAACUUAAGAUCACUGUCGAGGAGGCCUACGCCGAACACGUCCCGAACCGAGUACUGGCCGCAUCAUACGCAAAGUAUUGGAACGCGCUAGACCCGCCACAUCCAGGCUCGAUAGAUCGAGAAAUCCAUAUCAGUGCGAGUACAGACCAGGGCGAUGUCAGCCACGCCAUACCAAGCUUAAACGCGAGUUUCUCUAUCGAGCCCGGGCCGGGUGGCCAAGGGCCGCACAGCCCCGGCUUCGAGAAAGCAUCCGGGACAAAAGACGCUUUCCAGAGGUGUUUGAGGACGGGGAAAGCACUAGCUGGGACAGCGGUGGAUAUACUCACAACGCAGGGUUUGCUAGAGAAAGUCGUAGUUCAAUGGAAGAAGGAUAUGGAGCAGUCUCGAUAG